AUGCCCAAAGGCGGGCGGCAAGCGCCCAUCCGCGCUACCGGCGGGCUGGGAAUCGGCGCCGGCGGGCCGGGGCUGCCCUCUGCCGCAGUAAGAGAGGUGCAAUCUGCACCAGGAGGGAUUGGCAUUGAGGGCCACGACGAUCAGGUUUUGAGGUCCCUUGCGCUUCGGAAUAAGCUACGCAGACUGGGCUUGUCAGCAAAGAAUAGCAAGUUUGACAUGAGUUUUGACACGGAAGCAAAGCAGGAGGGAAAUGGAGAAGGCACUACUUCUGAGGCAGGGAGAACACCCCGUAGUAGGGGAAGGCGGCUUCAGGUGGGCAGCACACAACGGCAGAUCACCACGCGAGACAGCGCCUGUCUGUUGUCAGCCAUCCUAGAGGGUGCCAACGAUGAAGUGGAGAGCGUGUUGAACAGCACUACUCCAAUCGUCAUGGGACCAGGUGCCAUGUGGCCUCUCUACGAUGUGCCAGAGGAUACUGACGUGGAUGGACUCAUCCCAGAGCUGUACAUUUUCGAGUCUGAACUUGAGACAGAAACUGAUCCGGAUGUUGGUCCCUUCUACAUUCCAGUGCCAGAUUAUGGGGAUAACCAAUUUUUCAACAUCGAGGAAGAGUCCAUGGAUCCGCCACAGCGGGAAGAGUCAAAGUCACAAAAAAAAGAGCUACAAGAGGGAAGGCCACAGGGAACACGGUCACGAGAGUCACAAAUACAGAUGCUGGAAAGAGGCAGCAUGAGGGAUCAGUUUCUUGUUCUUCCCGAAUUUUAUCAUGAGCGAAAAUUUGGGGACAGUGGCGACAGUGGGAGCUUCCUGGCUUCGGCAUCAAGGGAAAUUUCCGAGUCUUCGGAGUUGGCAUACGAAAGAGGCCGCGACGGGUCUGUGGAACGAGAUGGCAAGAGCUCAUCCACCAGCAGCACUCGACUAGGCGGGCGGAAUUCCAUACCUGUUGAGGGGCAGCCUCCAAUGUUCCUAUCGACAAUUGGCACAGACAUUUCUGAGGGUGCGUGUGCAGCUCAGAUGAUGGAAGUGAUGAAUGGGGGGCUUGAAGACGCCCAGACACUGGCGAACAGAGGAAUUGGUGCCAACACCAGAGACAAUCGGGGACGAACAGUCUUGAUGAAAGCAGCAAUGGGGGGGAAUUUGGAGUUUGUCAAUGCGCUGAUCAACACCAGCACCAACUUUGAUCUGCAGGACAAGUGUGGCUGCACGGCGUUGAUAUGGGCUGCAGUAUCUGGACAAGAGGACAUUGUAUCUCUCCUGCUGGAGAAGGGUGCAGAUGUGGACAUUCAAAAUAAGUAUGGAUCCACAGCACUGAUUAUGGCUGCCAUGAAUGGAAAACUGGGGAUUGUGAACACCCUGAUGAGCAGCAGCCCCAACAUAAACGUGCAGGAUAAGUUCGGACGGACUGCUUUGAUGAAAGCUGCAAUGAACGCAAAGCUUGAGGUUGUGAAUGUGCUCAUCAAUGGCGGGGCCAAUGUCGAUGUGCAAGACAAGUCGGGUGAGACGGUGUUGAUGAAGGUGGCUAUGGUUGGGAACAUCGAAAUUUCGAACAAGCUCAUCAGCUCCAACGCCGAUCUUGACUUGCACGACGAG